GAGUUUUACGCUCAACUCGAAACUGAGACCGAAAUCAGACAAAUUGUGUUCAUUGAGAAGAGGGCUCAACUCAUAACCCUUUCCGCUGAUAGUUCUCUGCAUUUAUGGGAAAUCAAUACCAAAACCAAUGAGAAUGAAGCCAAGAGUGGAGUCUUGGAGUGCGUGAAGACAUGCGAUUACUUCCGGAACGAGGCCUCGAAGGAAGGCUCAAUCAAACAAAUCACAACCAUUUCUGUCAAUUCAAACUCUGAUGUAUUACUGGUUGGCACUCAGAACGGAAACACAUAUCUUCUCGAUUUGGAGACAUUUGACUUAAACGAUCAAGUCAUAUACCAAGCCGUUGUCCUCCAGAACAUUCCCGACGAUUAUAAGUUCAAUCCGGGAUCAGUUGAAGUGAUUGCUGAGCAGCCCCUAAACCCCAAUAAGUUUCUCAUUGGAUAUAAUCGCGGUCUUUUGGUUCUAUGGGAUAACCAAACCCUAACCGCUGAUAACUAUUUUUUCGCAAAUCAGCAAUUGGAAUCCGUGCACUGGUUGUCAAAUGGACAGCAGUUUAUCAGUGCCCACAACGACGGCAGUUAUAUUGUGUGGAAAGCAACGGAUAGUUUACAUACGGCAGAGCAGCCUAAGACACCUUACGGACCCUUUCCCUGCAAAAGCAUCAGUAAAAUUAUUUGGAAAACUGUGCAAAACAGCGAUGAUUUCAUAAUAUUCAGCGGAGGAAUGCCUCGCGCUUCAUAUAAUGAUAAGCACACAGUUUCCAUAAUACAAGGAACUCCUGAAAGUGGUAAACAUCAUGUCCUCGACUUUACCUCCAAAGUCAUCGACUUCCUAGUGAUUGGUCCGCAAAAUAAUACAAAAGAUUUCGAUAAUCCCACGACUCUUAUAGUACUGGUCGAUGAAGAGAUAGUUUUGAUUGAUUUAACUCAUCCGGAAUGGCUUCAGCAUAGACUCCCGUAUCUGUCAAGUGUCCACUCGUCUGCUAUAACCUGUUGUCAGCACUACAGCAGUGUUUCGGAUCAGAUCUAUAAGAAGAUCGUUGAGGCGGGAAGAGUACAGAACACCGGGAAGUUUACUUCAAAGGAAUGGCCCAUAAAUGGCGGUCAAAGUGCGUCCAAAAGUGUGAAUACAGGUCGCGACCUACUGGUGACCGGUCACGAAGAUGGCAGCGUUCGCUUUUGGGACUCGAGUUCUGUUUCGUUGCAACACUUGUAUACUCUGAUGACAAACAAACUCUUCCUUUUGAGUGAUGACGACAUAGCACUCAUCGACAGCGACGACACGGCUCUCAAUGAGACCAAUGCGGAGGACGAGUGGCCGCCCUUCAGAAAAGUGGGCACUUUUGACCCCUACAGCGAUGACCCGAGAUUUGCCGUCAGGAAAAUAGCGCUCUGUGUGUACACGGGUUCGCUCAUCAUUGCCGGCACUGCCGGUCAAGUGAUUGUGUAUGAGUUGAAGGAAGAGGCCACUGAAAAACCAUUGACCAGUAAUCAGUUGAGUAUUGUUGGCGAUAAGGAUGGCUUUGUAUGGAAAGGACACUCGCAGCUGACCCCUAAAAAUGGUAACAUUAAGUUUGAUUGGGGUUAUCAGCCGUCAAGUAUAGUGCAACUCCAACCGCCCGCCUCUGUCACUGCUCUGGCACUCUAUGCCGAAUGGGGUCUCUUAGCCGCCGGUACAGCGCAUGGGUUUGCCAUCUUUGACUAUCUCUACCGCAAAGUUGUGUCCACCAAAACCACUCUAAACCCCAACGAUCUGACCGCUGUCUCGGGAGGCGAUGCUCUCAUUUCAAGGCGAAAAUCAUUCAAAAAGAGUUUACGCGAAUCGUUCAGACGUUUAAGAAAAGGUCGUUCACAGAGAGGCGACAAAAGAGCCGGUUCUCCGACAUCAACGCCUGCCUCGUCCUCAUCGCCAUCAAAGUCCAUAGAAGAGGGCCGCAAAUCACCCAAAACUGAAGUGAUUCAGAUUGAGACCAAACCUGUCGAGAGACAAAUCGAGGCGCGAUCUGCUGAAGACUCGAUGGGAUCAAUGGUUCGCUGUUUGUAUUUCUCGAAUGCAUUUAUUGUCAACAACUCGACUCAAACUCCGACUCUCUGGGCGGCCACUAAUGCCGGCAAUGUAUUCAUAUAUACAAUGGUAUUGCCGUCCGAUGACAAGAGAGCGUCUGAAGACGUGAGCUCUCAAUUGGCUAAAGAAAUACAUCUGAAACACAGAGCGCCUAUCGUUGCCAUUCAGAUAAUUGACGGAAACGGUGUUCCACUGCCCGACUCCUAUGAAGUACAGAAAGGAGUGGCAAAGAUUCCCACUUCUAGUGGACAUCGAGUGCUGAUCUGUUCGGAAGAGCAGUUCAAACUCUUCAAUCUCCCAAAUCUCAAACCUCUUCAUAAGUUCAAACUGACCGCACAUGAAGGCGCCAGAGCUCGGCGUAUAGCCAACGCUCAGUUCACCAGCAAAGCCAAUGACAGUCACAUGGAAUACCAUGUGUUGUGUCUCUCAAAUCAGGGCGAUGUCAGUGUCCUAUCGAUUCCCGAAUUAAAGCGUCAAAUGCAGACUCAAUGCACGAAACGGGAAGACAUUAACGGAAUUUCAAGUUUAGUGUUCACUCGUAACGGAGAGGGCUUUUACUUGCAUUCUUCGAGCGAAUUCAGACGGUUCUCACUAUCGGCCCGACAUAUAGUUGAGCCCAUUUGCACCGUUGACUUACCCGAAGGUUCCCGACCCGUGAAGCCUACCCAACAAAGACCUCCAAUCGCCGCCGCGUCUGUCAUAGAAGAGCCCAUCGCUGAGGAGAAAGAGGAGGAGAAGACUACUGAAGACAUUAAUGAACGGGAGAUCACAGGAGAGCCACUCCAUGAAGAUAAAGUAGCGCCAAAUGAUUGCGCGGAUGAGUCGACGCCCACCAGUGGCCAUGAGGUGAAGAAGAAUCCAUCGCCAAUUCCUAACGAAUCGCUUCCAAUCAUUAACUCACACGAAGGCAUGUCCUCAUAG